AUGCUGCUCACCCGACUUCUCGGCGUUGCCGCCCUCGCUCGGUGUGCUGCCAGUUCCAGCGAUGCUCAGCUGCCCUUGGGUCACGCGGUCACAGCGCCGAGCUCGAAUUACCCGGUAGAAGAAACCGACAGCGAUGCGCCUGCUUGGCGCAACUCGUUCCUCGACCUGCACCGUUCCAUUGUCGAGAUUUCCUCCAUUUCCGGCACCGAAGCCGAUGUCGGUCAAUUCCUAUUUGACUAUCUCCUACAAAAGGGCUACUCGGUCGAGAAGCAGAAGGUCCAGUCGAGGAAGAACACGGAUAAGUCCAAGGGUCGUUUCAACGUGCUGGCAUGGAGAGGCGACUCACGAACGCUGCAAUCCAAAGUCCUCGUGACAUCGCACAUUGAUGUCGUGCCGCCGCAUAUCCCCUACGGCAUCGAGGACGGCAAAGUGACCAAGGGCACGAAGAUCUGGGGUCGCGGCAGCGUCGACGCCAAGGCCAGCGUCGUUGCCCAGAUCCAGGCCCUUGAGAAUCUGCUCAAGGAGGGCAAGGUCGAGGAAGACGAUGUCUCAUUGCUUUUCGUCGUCGGCGAGGAAGACCAGGGCGAUGGUAUGCACACGUUCUCCGAAUCUCUCCUGGAGCGGACCCCCCUCAAAGCUUCGAUGCCGUCAUCUUCGGAGAGCCCACGGAGAACAAGUUGGCGUGCGGCCACAAAGGCGGCCGACGAGACGUUUGGAAACACAACGGUCAACAUUGGCCGAUUUGACGGCGGUGUCGCGGCCAACGUCAUCCCCGACCAUGCAUUCGUCGGUAUUGCUGUCCGCGUAGCCAUUGGUCCACAGAAGACUGGCGGAGACAUUGUUCAGGCUCGUAUCCAGGCCAUCCUGGAUGAGGUCGAUGAGGAUGCUUUUACUAUGACCAUCUCGCACAACUACGGCGUUGUGGAAGCCAACUGUGAAGUGGACGGUGCGUUUUAUCCAUUGGAAAUAACCUGCAUGAGACUGACAGCAGCAGGUUUCGACACGGCCGUUAUGAACUACGGGACGGACAUUCCUAACCUCAAGGGCAACCACACGCGGUACUUGUACGGGCCGGGAAGUAUCCUGGUCGCUCACGGCGACAAUGAGAGCCUGACAGUUGGUGACCUGGAGACGGCUGUGGACGGAUUUGAAAAGCUCAUCCUCCACACUUUGAAAGAGUCGUCUUGA